AACAGUUUAAUUAUUCAGAUGUCGUUAAGGGCUCGAGUACAGAGACAGUCAUUAUUGAGCCAAAAACUAAACAAAACAGCGAUAUGACAUUCACUGAGGUAAAAAAUAAAGUAAAAAUAGGUAAACUGGGAGUUGGUGGAGACAAAUUAAAAAAAACUCAAGCGGGAAAAGUAGUGAUUGGGUGUACAGGGAAAAAACAUUGUGAGAAAUUGGCCAGUGAACUUAAAAAAAAUAUGGGUCAAAACUAUAAUAUUAGAUUAACUGAUAAAAAGUCACCAAAAAUAAAAAUCAUUGAUAUAGAUAUUGACACAAAGGAAAAUAAUGAGGAAAGUGAAAUUAUCGAAAUGAUUAAAAAGCAAAAUGGAAUAGAGAAAAAUGGAUCCACAAAAAUGAUAAUAAAAAAAAAAUUGAUGGGAAAAAAUAAAAAUGGAAUUAUUAUUAUGGAAGUAGAUCCAGAUACUCACAAGUAUUUAUUAGAGAAAAUCAAAAUUAAGCUGGAUUGGAGUUUAUGCCGCGUAUUUGAUUGUGUCAGUGUUCUACGAUGCUAUAAAUGUUGGAGAUUUAAUCAUUUUGCCAAGGAUUGUAAAAAUGAAUCUAAAUGUCGUAAAUGUUCUGGUAACCACUUGGAGAAAGACUGUCAAGAAGAAAUAAUAAAGUGUGUUAAUUAUGUGAAAAUGAUAAAGGAUUUUAAGUUAGACGGAAUAAAAACAGAUCACUGCGCAAACGAUCUUGAGUGUGAGUGUUACAAAAGAGCAGUAAACAGAGCACAAAAAAAUAUUAACUAUAAAUAUUAACAAUUACUUCAAAACGAGGAUCAAAUAACAAUUAAUAAAAGGUCUUUUGUGAUUGUAGCAUUAAAUAUUAAUGGUUUAAUGAGACAUAAAGACAUUUUUGAAAACUGGAUAUGUAAUGUUAAGCCUGACUUAAUUUGUCUGACAGAAACUCAUACUGCUUCAGAUGUACUUGAUCAUGAAAUCAGUAUUAAUAAUUAUCGACAUGUGCGCACGAACACUGAAAACAAUCGUACAGGUGGUGUAAUUACGUACAUUAAUAAUAAUUUUAAAUUUAAGGUAUUGCUCAAUAGUUCUGAGAUCUGUGAUAUAACUUGGAUAAAUAUGGUGCAAAUUGGUGGGAGUGAUGGUUUUAUCAUUGCUAAUGUAUAUAGAUCACCUAAUAGUCGAGUAAGUAAGUU